CUCUCCAUAUCUAUUUUACAAACUUACAAACACAACAAAACAUUACAAUUUUAACACAUACAAAUAAGUAAAUACCCAGCGUUAAACAAUCUACCGCAACCAUGCCGAGAAAAGGAAUGGGAAGCCUUCUGUUCUCUUCCAAGAAAUCCUCCUCGUCGAUCCUGGAAUCUCCUUCCAGGCCCAGCUUCUCCGAUACCGUUUUGGAACGGACGCUCGAGAUCGCCGAACCGAUUAUUAAAAAAUGGGACGCCGAUACUUCCACCUUCGCUAGCGUUACUUCUCUUUUCUACGAGAACCGUAAAGAAGCCACCGAGUUCAUCAAAUGGGUUAACAAUGUGCAAAAAUCAAUGCAUAAAUACGUCUCCGAGCAUUCGAGCUACUCGGAUAAUAAGCUCGUGCGUGGCCAGAAGCUGAUGGAAAUCGCGAUGAAAAGACUCGAAAAAGAGUUUUAUCAAAUACUGUCAACCAACCGAGCGCAUUUGGAUCCUUCUUUCUCCUCUCGAUCCUCAGUCACCUCCCGUGCCUCCACUCUUUCCAGCAUUUCCGAGUUCGAUGACGACGAGGAGCUGCGGAGAGUAGGCGAAGCGGUGGAAGAAGUUGAGGACGUUUCGAUGAACGCGGUCACGGAUUUGAAAUUAAUCGCGGAUUGUAUGAUUUCAUCGGGCUAUGGAAAGGAAUGUAUUAGUAUUUACAGGCCUAUUCGUAAAGCAAUCAUCGAUGAGGCGAUAUAUAAGCUCGGAGUCGAUAGAACGAUUUCCAAUCAUAUUCAGAAGAUGGAAUGGAAUGCAGUAGAGAUCAGAAUCAACAAUUGGCUCAACGCGAUGAAAGUCGUGGUGGAAAUAUUGUUCAUCGGGGAAAGGAAUUUAUGCGAUCAGGUGUUCGCAUCGUCUGAAGCGAUCAGAGAAGCCUGUUUUAGUGACAUCUCGAAAGAAGGCGCUUUACUCCUGUUCGGAUUCCCCGAACUUGUCGCGAAAAAUCGGAAAAAAUCGCCGGCGAAGAUUUUCAGAUCGCUUGAUAUGUACACCGCGAUAGCCACUCACUGGAAAGGAAUCGAGUCGAUUUUCACGGCUGACUCGAGCUCCGCUGUGAAAUCUCAAGCUCUCAUCAGUUUAGCCAAACUCGGUGAGUCGGUGAGGAACGAGUUAACCGAGUUCGAGUCAUCGAUACAGAAAGACAAAGCGAAAGCGCUCACCGCCGGCAUUCACAAUCUCACCGUCGAUGUGAUGAUAUAUCUCUCCGUUCUCGCUGAUUACAGCAAUGUUCUCACGGACAUACUGGACUACACGAUUCCGCACAAAGCUUCGGAAACGACGUCGUAUUUCAAUAUAUCGACGUUUAGUGAUGCUCCGGCGCCGGCGAUCUCCCGGCGGUUCAAGUGGAUCAUUCACAUUCUGCUCUGCAGAAUCGGCGCCAAGGCGAAGCAUUUCAAAGACGCGGCGCUGUGUUACAUCUUUUUGGCAAAUAAUCUCCAAAACGUCGUCGUCAAGGUCCUCACUUCAAAUCUCAAGUACAUCGUCGGCGAUGAAUGGAUCGCAAAUCACGAGGCCAGAGUCGCAGAAUUCGCGACGAACUACGAACGGCUGGAAUGGGGCCACGUCAUUCAACAUUUGUCAAUGAAAUCAACGGCCACUAUGACUUCACCUGAAGAUGUCAAGGAGUUUUUUAGAAAGUUCAGCAACUUGUUUGACCAGGCGCACCGUAAACAGUCAACUUGCGUCGUAGCGGAUAAUAAACUCCGUGAGGAGAUUCAGCGGUCAAUAGAGGGAAAGAUCUCGGCAAUCUAUCGGGAGUUGUAUAGCACGCACAGGCUGACGGUGGAACGAGAGAAAAGUAUUGUCAAACACGCCCCUGAUGACGUGGAUAAUCUUUUGUCGGAUCUAUUUUGCGGGAAUUCCGGGUCGGGUGAUUCGUUGACUUUUCCGUCUGGGUCAAACUCACGGCGUCCAAGGCUAUGGCUCAACUGAUUCAUAUUAGCAUAAUUAGCUACAGUAUAUUAUUAGGAAAAAAGAAACAAGUAAAAAGUGUAAAUGUUAUAGUGAGAUAUGUGAGCUGAAAUUGUAUAAAAUUACUGUUCAGUGUUUGAGAUCGAUUUUUACUUAUUAA